UUGUGUGUUUGUUAGACUGCACUUCUGUAAAUCACCUAAAUAUGUACUGCCUUUCACUAAUGGCGGUUUUUGUCAUGUUUUUUUUGCAGGUUACAUAUCACAAGUACUCAAGAAUUACACUGACCAUGCCUGCGAUGGGGAAUAUGUCUCCCUGAGAUGUCCUCACAGAACCACCAUCAGCAUCCAGUCAUCUUUUUAUGGCCGAAUUGUGCCAAGUCAUCAGAUGUGUCCUUCUCGCUAUCCCCACUCCUAUGCAACUUUAAUCAAAGAGGAUGUUGCCUGUUCAGUUGGAACUUCCCUUCAGAAGAUGCUGGAUGAGUGCCAGGACAGGCGGAGCUGCCAGUUUCUCAUCAAUAGCCGGCUGUUUGGUGCAGAUCCAUGCCCUGGAACCAGCAAGUACCUCAUCGUGUGGUACAAGUGCAGGCCAAAUGAAUACACGAGUAAAGUAGCCUGUGAAGAUGACAAGCUGAGGCUAAGCUGUAAGAAGAGCAUGGUGAUAGCCAUUUACUCUGCUAUCUUUGGAAGGACCCAAGGAGGCAGCCUGGAGUGCCCAUACCAAAACCUAGGGAUGCCCAUGAUUGAGUGUCAGUCGGCUACUGCUCUCCAACUGAUGAUCAAGCGCUGUCACGGGAAAAGAAGCUGCAGUAUGUAUGCCAGCACCUAUGAAUUUGGAGAUCCUUGUUACCCAGGCAUCCGAAAGCAUCUUAAUGUCAUCUACACCUGUGCUUAUCCUCAGGGAGAUUUGAGAGAAACCAAGGCAGUGAAACAAAACAAGAGCUCCAGCACUCAAAAAUCCAGGGAUAAACUUAACAGAACCCAUAAUGUAUUUCCAAGAGGAUAUCUCCUUCAAAGACCUCUGCAGCCUUAUUCUGGCAUUGUGGUCCUGGUCCCAAAGUCCACUACAAAAGAUAUUAAUGAUCUCUUAAUCUGA